AUGAUUAAUGAGAGAUUGAUCUGGUGGGCUGAAAAAGAAGAAAAAUUUAGCUCGUCACAGAGCGGUUUCAGGAGGGGGAAGUCUUGUGCCGAUAACCUGGUCAGGAUUACAUCAGAUAUCCGAGCUGCUCUGAGUGCGGGCGAAUAUACCUUGGCUGCUUUCCUCGAUGUCUCUGCGGCAUAUGACAGCGUGGAAUUCCAUAUCAUGCUGGAUAGGCUAGUGGCGCUUGGCUGUCCUGCGGGUAUAGUCAAUUUUGUUCGUAAUUGGCUAUAUCGGAGAAAAGUUCAAUUUAUCGUCAACUCCGGUGAGUUCGUGGAUCGCUUUGUUUACAGGGGCCUCCCGCAAGGCGCCGUGCUUAGUCCGGCAUUGUAUUCGCUCCUCACUCGGGCUCUCCGUGAGGAUCUUCCGGCUGGGGUUGAAAUAGUGGAGUUUGCGGAUGACAUUGGCCUAUACGUCUCGGGUCAUAAUCGACGUCGGAAUCGACUCCUGCUUGAGCAAGCCGCUAACAUUAUUGCUCAGAAAUUAAAACUUAUUGGCCUUGAUCUUGAACCGAAAAAAACAGUUUUGGUCGAAUUCAAUAGAAAUGGUUACGUCGACAAAAGUUUGAGCAUCAAUAUACAAGGAUGCGAUGUAUUCAACUGCGACGGGGCCAAAUUUCUUGGAGUUUGGCUUGACAACAGCCUUAAUUUUCACCGUCAGGUCCAGGAAGUUAGAGGCAAAGUUAAUAGGGCCAACUCUGUUAUGAGAUACUUGUGCGGGGUGUCAAGGGGCUUGGAGGUUAACACGGCCCUCAUGCUCUAUAAAAGUCUGGUUAGAUCUGUCUCAGACUAUGGCAUCUUCAUAUAUUUCCCUAGAGACUCGGGAUUUCGGCUCAAGCUGGAAAGGACCCAAUAUAUGGGUAUACGCACCGCCCUGGGAUACAGGAACAGCACUCCCAAUAACGUUUUGAUAGCCGAAGCUAAAGUCAUGCUACUUAGAGAUAGAGCGAUUAUGCUAGGCAGGAACUUUAUUACAAAGGCUAUAGCUUAUAACAACAACGGUUUGUGUCUCAAAAUACAAUGUACCCUGGAUCGAGAGAAUUAUCGCCGUUUUCUUCUUCCGACUUACAAAUUUUCUAUGCUUUCUGAAAUUUGGAGGAAACUGAGAUUCAGGACGGGGAUUGGACCUCGGAGACAGUUCGAAGUUUUUCAGGGCCCCUAUGGCGCACAUACUUUUAGACCUUCCGUGGACCUGGUCACUGGUGAGUCAAGGAAGCAUGAGAGAUACCCGGAUGAGGUGCUUGUUCGUAACGUCGUCAGGAAACAUAAUUUGACCUUUCCUUUGGAAAUUAUUUACACGGAUGGUUCUUUUGAUGAGUCGUGCCGCUCGACGGGCGCCAGUAUUGUUAUAUCUGAUCAGGAUACUGCUUAUAAGAUUAGCCUCCCGGGUUCGUGUUCUUCGUUUACUGCUGAGGCGUUUGCUAUCAAAUCUGCUCUUCAACUUAUGAUCCUGCAGCAUGAGGUUAGGAAGAGAGUCAUCGUCAUUAUGUCUGACUGUAAAUCUGCUCUACAAUCGAUUUACAACAAUCAUAUUAAUGUCCAUAAAAAUCGGUAUGUCACGGAAGCUAGACGCUAUAUUUUCGAUCUGGAGACUAUAUACGGCAAAACGGUUAUCCUGCUAUGGAUCCCAGCACACGUUGGCAUUGCUGGCAAUGAGCUAGCGGACGUGCUGGCUAAGGAAGCGUCACAGGAGGAAGCUGACCCUUCAAUCGAAGUGCCGGUUGGAGACUUUAGGACACAGGAUAAAUAG